UCAUUAGUCGUCAGUCCCUGAGUUUACGGCUGGAAUGGCUACCUGUUUCCUCUGUGCUGAUGCUCCCUGAGAGAUAUAAUGCUGUUCACCGUGUUCAAAAUCACCACUUUUUACCAAAACACCGGAGCGUGUGAGGAGGGGACAGAGGCAGAGACAGGGACAGGGACAGGGGGCUCAUGAUGCUGUUGUCGCAGCUUCCGGACGAUGUCCUCUACCAUAUCUUGUCUUAUUUGGACUGCAGGUCUCUCGGUCGACUCUCACAAGUCUGCAGAAGUAUCUGCCGCUUCGUGAAUCAGGACGUCGUGUGGAAGAAGGUCGCCAAAGCGUUUUUAAACACCGGAAUAACUCGGAGUGGGACGGACAUAUACCCUCACAUCCCACUGAAGGAGAGAGUGAAGAUCGCUCAGAACUGGUGCAGUGGGGUCUGCAAAAGGGCGAUUCCUCUCAAAUGGAAAACCAAAUUGUUGCCAUGGCUGCAGCUGGAUGGAGACGUCCUGUUUCUGUCUCAGGCUGGCGAUGUUGGAGCGUAUCAUUUGCACCAAGUCUCCAAGAGGCUCCAGCGAAACCCGUUUGAAAUCUACUCGGGUCACAACGGGGACGUCUGUCGCUUUGUUCUCACCGAGUCUCAGCUGAUCAGCGGUGGAAGUGAUGGCAAGAUCCUGGUCCACAGCAGGAGAAGUGACGAGUCAGUGGAGUUAUCGGGACACAACCAGGAAGUCAACUGCCUCGACUCUAAAGAUGGACUCAUCGUCAGUGGAUCCAGAGACCGAACCGUCCGGGUUUGGACUCCGGCUUCCAUGUCGCCCACUGACACGAUUCCAAUGUACGACAGAGUGUGGAGUGUUGCUAUUAGUCCCACGCUGAGCUCCUUCGCAACAGGAACCGCGUGCUGCGAGAACUUCUCCCCUCUCAGCAUCUGGGACGUUGAGCGGUCGAUGUGUGUGUGCAGUCUGGGCUCGGAGUUUCGUCGUGGUGCCGGCGUGUUGGACAUAGUGUUCGAGUCCCCGUUCCAGCUCUUCAGCUGCGGCUACGACACCUUCAUUCGACUGUGGGACCUUCGACUCAGCCCACGGAAGUGUGUGAUGGAGUGGGAGGAGCCUCAUGACAGCACUCUGUACUGCAUCCAGACAGACGGAAAUCACAUGAUCGCCAGCGGCUCCUCCUACUACGGGGUUGUACGUCUUUGGGACAAGCGGCAGACCAAAUGCCUGCAAUUCUUCCAGCUGAGCCGUGACCCAGUGAGUAGCCCGGUUUACUGCCUGAGGUUGUCCAGCUCUCACCUGUACGCAGCCUUAGCCACCAGCCUGCACUCACUGGACUUCAGGCAGAGCCCCGCCCACGUCAGAUGACACACACACACACUCAUCAAGAUGUUCAUUUGCACAAUAAAAAUGUUUUCACGUUUUCA